AUGACAGAAAGUACAAAAGACAUUUAGUCAUUUUAAUCUAAGAAAAGAGAAGCCAUUACUUCAGAUUUUCUAAAAAUAGAACUUACUAGAAUUUUUUCGAAAGUUGAAAUAGAAAAGUCGAAAUACUAUGCAUAUAGGAUGAAUAAGUUUUUGGAGAUUCCUCUAGAUGCUGUUUACAAAGAUCCUUCGAUAAUAAAAUUAACUUAGAAUAAGAAUAUAAUAAAUGAAAGUUUAAACAAAGUUCCUUCUAUAAUAUUUCAAAGUGAAAGAAAAGUGAUAGCGCUAAAUUAUUCAUUUAACAAAAAUGAGCUAUUUAUUCCUCAAAAACAGUUGGUUGAUUAAGAGAAAUCAAUAAUUAGCUUAAAAGAUCAUCAUGUUAAAAUUAAAAAAAUUACAAAGACAGAAACUACAUUUAUCAUUUCACUUGAAAAUUAAGAAAGUGUAAUAUCAGUGAAGAAUAAAUUGAUAUCGCAGGGAAUUAAGGCUUUUGAUGAAAAAGAGAAGUUUUAUUUUGAUUUAAUAGAUAAUGUUGAUAGAUAGAAGUCUAUACCUACGAUUUUUGAUAAAUAAAUUCUAAAGCCAAAGAACAAUGAAAGUUUUGUUGGAUAUCACAGAGGAAUGCUGUAAGGAUAUUUAAAUCUAGCAAUCCCUCCUGUGAGUCCUUCAGAAUAGUAUUUAAAUCAUCUAUAGUUUCUUUCAAUAAUGAAUCCAAACUAUUUAAGAAUGAAUGUUGUAGAUAAUUAAACAUUCCCAACCCAAUCUAAUACAUAAUAAAGAAAAAAAAAUAAUAAAACAGAAACGCCUAAAAUAUCAGCAGCUACUCCUUCAUACAGAAGGAAAAGGCUUUUGAGCUAAUAAUAAUUUUAUUAAGAUUAAACUAAUGACUAAACUUAAAAUAAAAUUCUUUCCUAGUAUACAUCUAAAAAUGAAGAAGUUAUUUAUGAAAAAAAGAAAGCUAAUUCUAUUAGUUACUAGCUUCUAAAUGCUAAAUCUCCAAAGUAAGUUCAAUUCAAUGAGCAAAAUAUCCUUCAUAAGCAAAAAAGACAUUCAAGUAAAGUAACUUCAAAAUAGUAAUUUGAAAAAAAUGAACAAGAUUAAUCUGAUUAGUAAUCAAAUGAAAGUUUUGAUAUUUCUAAAAGAAAUAAUGGCAAAAACAGAAUUUUGAAAAAUUCUGAGCUAUUUAAAGAUAAUAUGUAAAAUGGGGAAUCAAUCACAGAUGAAAAGAGAGAAUCUGUGCUGAGUGAAGAUGCUAAUUCAAGCUCAACCUAGUAGAUAGAUAUAAGCGAAACUAGCUUUACACCUAAGAUUACGCUUCUAUAAAUGGAAAUUAAUUAAAAUCAGUAAGAGUCAGAGAGCGAAAAUGAAAACGAGGAAUUCGAUGAUAAAGAAAAAUUCCAUCCUCAAACAACAGACUCUUUCAUGCCAAAAAAUUAUUCAAAAUUAGAAUAAAUUGAUGAUUUAGAGAUUUGA